GGAAGUUUAGAAUAAAACACCCUAAAAGCAAUCAUAGGAAGAUCGCCAAGCUCGAACUAAAUUAUUGUUAAAAAUCCAAAGGGAAGCAAAAAAGAGAUCAAUUGAGAGUAUGCCUCCGACAAAAGGUGGAAAACGCCCGAUUCCGUUCGGUGGAAAAGGCAAAGGUAAGCGUUUCACUGGUAAGGCUGCAAAACCUGGCGGUGAACACAAGCGCAGAGCGCACAAGAAGAGACAACAUUGGGACUUGUACAUUCACCGUGUCUUUCACCAAGUUAUUAAGCGUGGAUCUCUGAGCAAGACCUCUGUGAGGGUUCUUUCAUCAUUUAUUGAGGAUAUGUUUAACAAGAUCCAGUCGGAGGCAGUGUUCGUCGCGAAGAUAAACAAAGUCAAGACACUAACAGCGCGUGAAAUUCAGACUUCUGCCCGGCUUCUUCUUCCUCCGGAAAUUGCUAAGCACGCCAUGAGUGAAGGUACGAAGGCGGUCGCCAAGUAUAAUGCUACUCGUGAGGAGGCGUAUUCAAAGAGUGGUCUCUGAGGGUUCGAUGUUGAAUCUUCAUUAACUAGAUUUCUUUUCGUUUUCUUAGUGGGACUCCAUUACGGUGUUCUUGUCCCUUUUAUUCAGACUAUUUCAGAUGGAAAAAUAUGCAUAGAGAUGCUUUUGCCGCUAGCUUGCGGGUUAUAUUUUAUUAUAUUGUAUUUGUCAUGUGCACCGAUCAAUGUGCAUUUAUAUUCGCACACUCAGCUCUAUCUUCCCAUUUUCUAGAGUUAAUACACUGAGAUAUUAUUAAAUAGAAUUGAACUGAAUUCUAAUUUUCCUUACUAGCUUGAAAGUAGUAAAGUAAAUGAGCUUGAUCGCAAGUGCGUGCAUUCGAAUUUUAAAAGCACACUUGCUUAAUGCUUU